AUGAUACUAAUCGGCCUCACUGGAGGCAUCGCGUGUGGGAAAUCCACCGUGUCGGCGCUUCUGGUGGACCGGUACCAACUCACCGUCAUCGAUGCGGACCAGGUGGUGCGGGAACUGCAGUGCCCAGGGAAACCGUGCACGCGCAAGAUUGCGAAGCGGUGGCCCGAGUGCGUGGACACCGAAACAGGCGAGAUUAACCGUACUGCCCUGGGUAAAAUUAUAUUCUGCGAUGCACAGGCACGCCGCGAGUUGACAAACAUUAUGAAUCUCCCCAUUUUUGUCGCCAUCACGACGAAGUUGUUGCGGCUGUGGUGGCGAAGUAUGUGGCGGCGAACACUAGAGGGCGAAGCACCGCCGCUUGUGGUGCUUGAUGUGCCACUUCUGUACGAGUCGAAUAUAUACACAUGGUUUAUUGACGCCGCAGUUGUAGUGGCGUGCGAUGAGGCCCAGCAGAUUGCUCGCCUUGAGAAGCGCAACGGCUUCACCCGGGAGCAGGCGGUGCAGCGGAUACGCGCACAGAUGCCGAUUGCGGAAAAGUGCCGACGCGCUGAUCGCGUUAUCCGCAACAACGGCACCCUCGCCGAGUUGGAGUCGUCGGUGGACACCACGGUGAUGUGGAUGCGGCGGCAGCCGGGCUCCAGGCUUACCCGUCUUGUAGUUGCUACCGUGGUGGGUGGCGUGGGCUGUGCUGCAGGUGCCGUGUAUCUGUUCCGUCUGUUGCUGUGA